GCCCGCCGCCCGCCGCCCGCCGCGUCUCCCCGGGCCUGGCUCGUCGCGCCGCCCGGCUCCCGCGAAGCCCGCCGGCCCGCCUGGCCGCCCCCCGCCUGCCUGCCUGCAGCGGCCGAGCGCGCAGUAGAUGCCUGGUAGACAUCUUAGAACUUUAAAAACGGAAAAGACCUGCUUUUAGGCGAAAAUGCUGAGGGACACUAUGAAAUCUUGGAAUGACAGCCAGUCCGAUCUCUGUAGCAGUGACCAAGAGGAGGAAGAAGAGAUGGUUUUUGGUGAAAAUGAAGAUGAUUUGGAAGAGAUAAUGGAUUUAAGCGACCUGCCUACCUCACUUUUUGCUUGCAGCGUCCAUGAAGCGGUGUUUGAGGUGCAAGAGCAGAAGGAGAGAUUUGAAGCGCUUUUCACCGCCUAUGAUGACCAAGUCACGUUCCAGCUGUUUAAAAGCUUUAGAAGAGUCAGAAUAAACUUCAGCAGACCUGAGGCAGCGGCGAGGGCUCGCAUAGAGCUCCACGAGACGGGCUUCAACGGCAGGAAGCUGAAGCUGUAUUUCGCACAGGUACAGAUGUCCAGUGAAACACGGGACAAGUCGUAUUUACUACCACCCCAGCCGGCCAAGCAGUUCCUCAUCUCCCCUCCAGCCUCCCCUCCUGUGGGGUGGAAGCAAGGCGAGGAUGCGAUGCCUGUUAUAAAUUACGAUUUACUCUGUGCUGUUUCCAAGUUGGGACCAGGAGAGAAAUAUGAACUUCAUGCAGGAACCGAGUCGACACCAAGCGUGGUGGUUCAUGUCUGUGAAAGUGAGACUGAAGAGGAAGAAGAAACGAAAAACCCCAAACAGAAAAUUACCCAGACACGGCGCCCCGACCCUCCGACCACAGCACUGAGCGAGCCCCAGACCUUCGACUGCGCGCUGUGAGGCCUGUGGUUGUGGCGCAGGCAGCUGCCUGCCUCGUGGGCUUCAGCGGCGGAGACCGUGCCCCUGCUGCUGAUGCGUCGCUGCUAAGAGUGUAGGUGAGGCCAGGAGUGAUGAAGGGGCAGUGUGUUUUCACCAAGCCUGAGCUGUGGACAGGGUUGCAUAGAGUAGCAGCUGAUCUUACCUGUUCAGAAUUUUAACUGAGAUUCUAAACAGCACUUUAAAUUAAAGCGUUAUCCCCCAAGAUGUGGCAACUCCUGACCAUUUUUAAACGGUAGCAAAUUAGGAAAAUGGCUCCCUCCAGCAAUGUUAAUUUCCCUGAUUCCGUCUAGCAUGGGGGCCCCAAAAACUAAAACUGUAGUCACCGAGUGCAGUACCAUUUUUAUGAAUUUAAAAAUAGUCUUACAGUUUUAAUAAUUUAGUGUGGGUAUUUUUGUACUGGUGUAAUAGCUUCUAACUAAUCUCUUGAUCAAAGGUUGAUUGUUCUCCAGUAUACAUGAAAUUUUUUGCACGGAAAGAAAUCCGAAAUAUAGAAUAAUUCAUAGAAAAUCAUUUUUCUCAAGUAUUUUUUUCUUUAGCCUUGGGGAAGAAAUGCCAAAUUCACUUCGACUAUCAGGAUCAGGUGGCACAAAUCUAUGUGCAUGUCGUUCUCUUCCCUGUUACUCUUACUCGGAAAUUGGAGGAAAGUGAUGCAGACCAUUGUCCCUCCCAGAGAAGGAACUGCUACCUUGGAAGCAGGACAUGUCACCAGUAAGCUUGACUGAUCAUGACCUCAGGUGGCUACAGCAAUCUGCCAUUUGUGACCAUGUUCUAGCCUAGAGCAUACCAAACUGUCUUCGGCCACCAGUUGAGUUUUCUACACUAUACAUAACUGUGUGUGUCAUUUAGAGACUUUGAAUUAGGAAAGGUAAUGAUAAGGUUUUCUGAAGACCAUUUUAAGAAUUUUUUUUUUUUUUUUUUUUUUUUGGUGAGGAAGAUCAGCCCUGAGCUAACAUCCAUGCUAAUCCUCCUCUUCUUGCUGAGGAAGACCGGCUCCGAGCCAACAUCUAUUGCCAAUCCUCCCCCUUUUUUUUUUUCCCCAAAGCCCCAGUAGAUAGCCGUAUGUCACAGUUGCACAUCCCUCCAGCUGCUGCAUGUGGGACGCCGCCUCAGCAUGGCCAGAGAAGCGGUGUGUCGGUGCACGCCCGGAUCCAAACCCGGGCUGCCAGCAGCGGAGCACGCACGCUUAACCACUAAGCCACGGGGCCGGCCUCUCUGAAGACCAUUUUAAAAUUGUCCAUUUAAACAUUUUUCAGCUUGCUUUGAAAGAAAAGUCACACAUACUCUAUUUCUAUGAAGUAGGGAAAGAUGGGUGAGAUCAUUUAGUUAGUCAAGACUUGCUUUUUGGUGAAAUUUUUUUACCCUGCCUUACAAUUGGCAUUUUUCCUUAAAACAGAAUUGUUUCUCACUUAUGUUUCAGAGCAUAUAUUUGAACCUCCUAAAGUAGAAGCAAGCAUCUUUCUAACUCUUUAUGGUCUAUUCAGACUUUGAAGUCCUUUUUAUGGAAGAAUCUCGUAGCUGCGAAUACAUCGCUCUUGGUCAGGUGGCUCUGCUGAUUCUCUACUCCCUCUGCUGUUUCCUUUGUCUGGCAGAUGUCUGGGGCCCCCUGGUACAUACGUGAAGGGGUUGCACAUGAGUUUGGACUAAUAAACCAAUGUGGCUGCCACUACAAAGAAAGAAAAAUGCAGAAAUUCAGGCCAUGAUACCUGUACAUUUUUGGUAACAUGUUAUUGUGGUUUAGAUGUUCUUAUUAUGGUAGAAUUUAUUUCUGAGGACUUAAACUAUAUUGCAAAAGAAAAGUUUUCUAUAUUCUCCUUGCCCUCAAAUACUCUGAGGUGAUAAAUUCUUCUAUUUGUAUAUAUCUACCACUGCUAAGCCUCAAUGUAAAUUCAGUUGAAAUUUGUGAUUCCAUAAGCAAUUUAUUGAAUUCAGAUCAUCAUUUGGCAUUUAACUGACAGCCACUUAGUAAAUUUACUUUGCGGUUCUAAAUUCACAUUUUGCCAGUUUUUAAUCUUACCUGGUUGCACUAACUUAUCAUUGCAGAAUGGACCCUGUAAGUCAGGAAAUGUAUGCAUUUUCAACAGUGGGAAUUUUUGAAUUUCCUUUUAGGUAAUAUUUAUUCACUAUAAUCUUCUAAGUGAUCAAAAUCCAUGAUGUUUUAUUAUUUGGCUUAGCUUUCAUUUUCUGCAUUCCAAUUAAAGAAUAUUCUAUCCCUAACAUAAAACUUUUUUUAAAGUCAAGCAAUACAAAUUACCCAAAUUUUUCUUUUUCUCUGUUCUUUUUUUUGAGAGUAUUGAAUACAUUGAAGAAAAAUUUAAACCAACAUUAAAUAUAUAUAUUAAAUUAUAUACAUAUAUAUACAUACACACACGUAUAUAUAUGUGUGUAUGUAUAUAUAACUUUUCUGAAUGGAGAGCAUUACUAUUUUCAUUCUUUCUAGUAUAAUAUUUCCAUAAGGUGAACUCUAAAAGAAAAACUACUAAAUGCCUAUUAACUUUUUAAUAUUGUGAAGUCAACCAGGAUCUCAACAGGUAUUAUGAUCUGUCCUUUUUGGCUAUUUUAUAUCCAGUUCAUGUAACCAUCUUGCAAGAGAUGAGUGUUUUGUAUCUUUUUUUUUUUUUAAUUUGUUUUAAUAAGUUUAUAUUUUUUCUUCUUUGGAAUUAUGUUAUUACUUAGAUUUAACUCUGAUAGUAUAGUAGCCGGUUUUCUUUAGAAAUCAUAACCUCUUCUUGGGAAUCAAAUUAUUUAGAAAAUUGAGAGGAAAGAAAAUGGUGCUUUGUGGUAGGAAAAAACAUUUGUGAAAAAUAAGAAAACCAUAACACUUAGUAAGGAUAGUCGACAGACCCCAUGAGGCAUUGGCUUUUAUGUUCUAGGUUCUUUCACCUGGUGAAACCAGAAAUAAAUCCAUUUAAAAAGUGUACUAAUGUGAGCAUCUCCUAGUUUAAGGUGCUAAGAGGCAGAAAUGGUAACAGUUCCCUUGCCUUGGAGAGCUGAAGAAUAGGUGGAGAGCAAACUAGUCUUUUCACAUUCUGCUUCUUCAAAAUUUUAUAUACUAGGGGCCGGCCCGGUGGCGUAGUGGUUAAGUUCGCACAUUCCGCUUCUGGUGGCCUGGGGUUCACAGGUUCAGAUCCCAGGCGCGGACCUAUGCACUGCUUAUCAAGCCAUGCUGUGGCAGGCAUCCCACAUAAAGUAGAGGAAGAUGGGCACGGACGUUAGCCCAGGGCCAAUCUUCCUCAGCAAAAAAAGAGGAGGACUGGCAACACGUGUUUGCGGCUCAGGGCUAAUCUUCCUCACACACACACACAAAAUUUUAUAUCAGUAUCGGUAUCAGUAAUUAAGAGCCAAGUAGAAGCUAACAGGAACUUUAAGUUCAACAUAAAGGUUUAACUAGAACGUUGUGGGUUAUGGGACGUUUGAAUCAGAGAUACCAGGAGCUAGAGGUCAGGCACAGCACUUUUCAUUCUUUUAGAAAACAGUUGUUUUUGGUUCCCAUUCACAUUAAUUUCAUCUUUUAAAAAUGUUGUGAUAAGAAGUGAAAAGAUUAGAUUUUCUCAGAAUCUCAAUUACAGAGGUGAAGGCGACUUUGGAAAUCAUAUAGUGUCUAAUCCUUGUGUUACUCAGAUUAGAAAACUUCGGCAAUGUGACUUGUUUCGAAGCCACAGAAAGGCAGCCAGGGACUAGAAUUGGCAUUCCCAACUCCCAGGCUGGUGCUUUUUCUACUUUUUCUUGCAUUGGCUUCUUAAAGACAGUCAGAAGCAGUGAAUCCCUGUCAUAAGAAAAUAAACAAAAAAGAGGGAAAAAACUAUUUUCCCCUGAUGGGGAUACAAUGAAUAAGAAAAAUCUUAUCUGAUGAAGGCAGUGCUUUAGUAAUUUGAAUGAAUGAAUUUGAUGUUCCAUGUUUUGUGUUUUUGUUACCAUUGUACCACUGGGAUUGGAAUCUACUUAAAUACUGAUAUCUUGGUAGCCAGCAAUUACACUGACACUUUAUAUGGGCUUUCCUAGAUUUUAAUAGUAAUGAGAAUAAAAUAUAAACCGUCAUCCUGAGCUGUGAUUUUAAUGAUGCAGCAUGAGAUCUAAUACAUUUGGAAAUAAUUUGCAGAGGAAUGACCCUCUCACUGAGUGCUUGUAAAAUGGAGUUCUGUUUAAGAUUGAAGACUGCCCUGUGCUUCGUAUUUUUGUAUAGACUCUUUUAUAGACUGUGGCUUUAUUGUUAAAAGGGAAAAUCUCAAACAUAAUUAAGCAAUGGAAGAUGUACGAGAUUCUUUGGUGCAUCAGGUUCGCUGUGUGCAGGGUAUCUCCGUUUUCUCCAGAGUUGUGUACUCCAUGCCUGUUGUACAGGAGAACUCAGUCCAUCUUUCCUUUUCCCUCUCAUGUGCUCCUUUUCUGCACAUUUGCGUUUACAUCUUCCUGUACGAAAGAAAACAAAUUACUUAUAAUAAGUGUGACAACAUAGUGGAACAAAAGAUGUGGGGAAAUAGCUGCCUCCCAGCUGGGGAGGUAAGUCCAUGUUGUAGAAGCUCACCUUUUAGAAAGGUAAAUAAAUUUGUGAACCUUGCCCAACAAUUUGAUAAAUAGUCAUUUGCUUUUUAAACUCCCCUUGGAGUGUGGGUCAGCCAGAACAUCUUCAGUGGAAUGCCACUGUUUUCUUUAAUCAUGAAUCGGGGGGAGAUGUUAAUAAUGUGGAGAGUGUAGUUAUUAUUACCAAAUAUACAAGCAACAAAGCCAUUGAAAAUUGCAACAACUGCUAGUUUCCCUGACCAAAAAGAUUGUAAUAAAAAUGGUCGUGUUCAAAAUAGACGAACUUUGGGCUGGAGUCAAAGUGUCUCUGCCCAUUUAAACAAAAGCUUAAAGGCCUUUUACCAAAUCAGACAUGUGGUCUAUCUUGCACAUCUGCAUUUCUUUUUGAAACCAAAUCGUGUCCUGCAAACCCUUGGAACUCCUGCAUCGCUUUGACUGAAUGUUCGUUCUUGUCAUAAGGGAAGAUUUACAUCUAUGCAGAUAAUAUGUGUUUUUCUGUAUUGUCUUCUAUUUGGUCCCCAGUCUUCCUGACUCGGGGACUGAGGAGAGAGAAGGUGGCUCAUCCUGCUACUGUGCCACGCUCGUCCCACUGCUUCUCUGCCCGAACGGGGGCCCCAGUGCGUGUGGAUUUACAUCUCGACUGUGUUGUGCAUAUCCUCCAAGUUUAAGAAAAGUGUCUCAAUCGUUUCAUUUCUAUCUUAAUUGAACCAGGAGUUGAACUUAUUAUUUUAUCUGAAGAUGUUUGUGAUCUUGUGUUAUAUUUUGGGGCAUGUUAUCUUUCUGGUACUAUAAACUUUAGUGACUAUUCCUUGUACUUCAAGAAACUGGUGAGUAAUUUACAUAUAUGGAUUCCAUAUUUUAGUGUGCUUGAAGUGACGAUCCAUAUUUUGUAGUAGUUUGUUAUCUGUCAACUUUGGCUAUCCUGUGUUUUGAGGACCUUUAAACAUUCCUUGUCCUAUCAAGGUGACAAAAGCAGAAUGUAAUUUUUUUGGAAUCUUCGUGAUUAAUCGUAACAAGUUUUGUUUUUAAAGCUAAUAAAAAUAAAGUAAGUUUUUUUUUUUUUAAUCA